AUGGCGCCUCAAGAUAGCUUCGUCGACGAUGAAGAAGAGACCUGCCCUCUCUGUAUCGAGGAGUUUGAUCUCUCUGAUCGCAACUUCAGGCCAUGCCCCUGCGGAUACCAGAUCUGCCAGUUCUGUUUCAACAAUAUCCGAAAUAAUAUGAAUGGCCUGUGUCCCGCAUGCAGAAGACCAUACGACGACAAGACUAUUCAAUGGAAGGUAGUCACUCAGGAAGAGGUUGCCGAGUUCCGAGCGAAUAUCCAAAAGAACCAAAAGCGACGUGCCGCCGAGCAACGCCAAAAGGAGGCCCAAAAACGCGAAGCCGAAAAGGAGAAUCGAAAGAACUUGGUCGGCGUCCGGGUCGUUCAGAAGAACCUGGUCUACGUAACUGGGUUGACGCCUACGGUACGCGAGGACGAGUUACUCAAGACACUCCGGCGUCCCGAGUUUUUUGGACAAUACGGCAAUAUCCAAAAGAUAUCCAUCAGCAAUCGGAAGAGCCAAGACGGGCAAAACCAGUCCCUGGGGAUUUACGUCACUUUCGAGAAGAAGGAGGAUGCUGCCAGGUGCAUUCAAGCAGUUAAUGGCUCGCAAAACGGCGACAGGGUUCUGAGAGCUCAACUGGGUACCACCAAGUAUUGCUCAGCUUGGCUCCGUCACGAGGUGUGCACGAACAGGCAGUGUAUGUUCUUGCACGAGCUCGGUGACGAGGAGGACAGCUAUUCUCGCCAGGACUUGUCUUCGAUCAACAGCAUCAGCAGUCAACGACCCCUCCCGGUUGCCGGUGCCUCUAGGUCGGCGUCCCGCCAAACCGGUCACCCAUCGCCCGCGCCCUCGAAUGCUCAACCGAUGAUCAGGAGUUCUAGCAAGGAGGAAUCCGAAAACGGCGAUGGUCCCGCCCUGCCCUCUUCGGCUACCUGGGCUCGAAACCCUCAGGUCCGUAGCCGACGCGGAAGCCAUGCCACCAGCGGUGCCGCCCCCAGUCCUGCAAUCUCGAACGCUCUUCCAGUCACUUCCGAAUCCAACCGAGAAGCCGUCGAAGAUUUCCCUCCGAUCGAGAGCGCGGUGCAUCAUCCUCCUCCUCCUCCGAAAACGAAAGCUGAAAAGUCGCCCAAAUCUGCGCCAAAGCCUGCGCCAAAGCCCGCUCCUCCUGUUGAGGCAGCUUCACCAGCUCCGGCUCCCGCUCCGGCACCGGCACCGGCCCCCGUCACUGCUCCAGUUGCGGCUCCUGCUCCACCCAAGGUUGAGACAUCCGCCAAGUCCACUUUCGAGAAAGCUAAGAGCGCUUCUCAGGACACGCUUACAAAGCUCCUCAAAUCACUUAAUGGGUGCUCUCUCGCCUGGCCCAAGCUUGGAGAUGACUCUACGGAGUCUGCCUACCCACCUUUGUUCGAUGUGAGGGGUGGCGAGAAGCGGAGGGCUUUGCGCGACGAUGUCACCACCGGCGUGGCGGAGUCGCAUGAGGGUUCCGCGGCAGCUACCGAACCAGCUGAGGUCGAGCCUGAGAGCAGUGGUAGCCUUGCUUUGGGAGGUGAGCCUGAGGACCGGGAUCCUGGACGUGACUUCAAUUUGCGGGGAGGUUCGCAGCCGCCCAUUCAACGCGCUAAUAACGACGGACUGUUUGGGUCGGCGAUCGGGUCUGGCUUCAGCCAGGGUUCUACCAACCUUGCCUCCAUUGGCAGUCGUACCAUGACACCGCAGCAGCCUGCUUUCAUGCGUCCGCAGGCGACGGGUUACGAUCACCUUCCUCCCGGAAUCACUUCCCAGGCGAACCUUUUCCAGGGUCAGGGACAUAACCGCCAGGGCUCUCGAUUUAGCUUCGCGAACGAGGGGCAAACAACGUCUGCCACCUCGGUUAAGCUUGCGGCAAACCCCAGGGUCAUGGCUCAGCAGGCCUCCAUGAUGCCUUCGUCCUUCCACAGUCAACCCAACACGCAGUUCUAUGCCAGCUCCAUGCCCGGCCCUCCGCCCGGGCUCAAGUCCACGAGCACCCCUCCGAGCAUGUUUGGGCAACACGGGUUCGGCUCUGCUUUCGGCAACACCACGAAAGAUACGAACGAGAUUCUUCAGCUCCUCAACCGCGGCCGAGGUGCUGGUAGCCAGGUUCAUGAUGCGGGAAAGCGUGAGUUCUUGUUUCCUUCCAUUCCUCCACUGUACCCACCCUCUACCUCCUCUACCCCAGCUCCUGCUCCGAGCCUGGCAUCGCUCUACGGUUCCCAGCCUGGAGCCUUCCAAGACUUGGGUUCAAAGCAGAAGAAGAAGGGGAAGAAGCACAGACACGCUAACACUUCCUCCUCUGGGGGGAGUGGCUUAGUAGAUCUUGCGGACCCGAGUAUCUUGCAGGCGAGAAUGCAGUCUCAGCAGCAUAUGCAGCAACAGAGCAAUGCCGGUCUCGGACAGGUGUUUGGUGGUCAGUCGCAAGAUGACGAUCUUCCCUCGUUCGAGGAAGUCACGACAAGCGUAGACGCUCUGGUUUCUGACGAACCCAUUACGACGAUACGUCAACCGCCCGGAGCCUUCGAUAACUUCGGCCGCACGGGGACUCCUAUGGUUGCCCCUCCUCCGGGACUGGGUAUGCCAAUCAACCAUCCUUCCCCUGCGAUUUCUCACGCAUCUUUGAGAGCCGGAACCCAGACACCGCCGGUCGCCGUACCUGUUGUACCUACCAAGGUAACCACAGCAGCGGCGUCUACGGCAGCGUCUACGGCACCACUUACGAGUACACCCGCAACGGCAACGGCAUCUAGUGCGGCAGUUUCCACCGCAGCGUCAACUACGUCAACGCCUACAACAGCUCCCAGCCCACUUGUCAGCAAGAACCGGAAGAACCGCGUGGAAAAAGGCAUGCAAUUCUGUCCCUUUUGCGCCAUGGAUUUGCCUGUUACUAAGGACGGCAAGACCAUCAACGUUUCGGAAGCGGAGAGACACAUGGAUUCGUGCGAAAACGACAAGAAGCUUCGUGCCGCAGCCCCCGCGCCUGAGGCCAAGAAGAACUCUAAGGAAAAUAUUCAAGCUCUUGCAGCGGAGAGUGGGCUAUCGAAGGAUAUUGCAACGGUUAAGGCAAAGGCACCGAAGGUUUUGGCAGACGAGGACUUCCCUGCUCUCAACAGUCCCAAUGUCCAGGCGGCUGCCACGACACCUGCCGUUUCGACUAAGACUACGGCAAUCAAAUCUAAGGCAGCCAAGAAGGCUGAAAAGGCUGCGGAAAAGGCUGCGGAAAAGGAAAAGGCUGCGGAAAAGGAAAAGGCUGCGGAAAAGGAGAAGCCUGCUCCUGUGCUGGUUAUACCAGCGGUAGCGCCCACCCCACCUGAGCCAGAGCCCCGCCCUGCAGACAAAAAGCCUGCCCCAGUUCUCAACAUCGCCGCAGCUACCAAGGUUGCCCAGGUCAAGACUGCUGAGAGUUCAUCAGCAACGACGGAGAAAUCUGCCCAUGAUCGGGACUCGGCUUUCCCUGCCCUGCCUACGCCAACGACUGCUUCAGUGGCCUCGCCGCUCGCUCGGACAGCAAAGACACUUAGACUUGUCUCAACUCCUAGGACCGAGACGCCGUCUACGCCCGCCAAUGCUGGUGUUAUGAGCGUCGCGGGCUCCGCGGCCCGUUCUGUGGCUUCUAUUUCUGUGAGACCCGAGACUCCUGCUAGCGAGAUGAUUUCGGAUAGUGCGUCCAUCGUCUCAGCCUCAGUCUCGGCAUCUCGCACCAGCUCACCGCCGCCUUCAAAGAUCGGCUCUGCCCCUGUCAGAAUAACCACCAAGAGUCAGCAAAGGAAGGCAAGAAAGGAGCAGCUCAAGAAGGAUACGGCAGCUGUAGCAGCUCAGCCCGUCAAGUCUGAUCCGAACGAGGAGAUCGGGCCCAUCAUUGGCCGCAAGAAGAAGCAGAAGAAGGAGAAGGAAAAGCCAAACACCACCAACACGAACGUAACACCCACUGUCAGUAGACCGGAAACACCUGCACAAAAGGAAAAGGAGACGCCUCCCCCGCCACCCCCAAAGGAGGUGAAGGAGGUCAAGGAGGAUUCUUCAACCUACCGAUCGACGGCUAAUGAAACGACGACGUUGACGGAUGACGCCUCUCCUAUUAAGACCAGGGGAGCGAAGGAGACCCCAAAGUCAGAUGCUGUCUCAACUCCUCGAACUUUGCCGACACCUGCCACGAUUUUCCAAGAUUUGCAAGAAUCGGGGCUUGUUCCUGAGAAGAUCGAUGACCUGCCUCUUUUCAAGCCAACAAGUACUGGGUUUGAGAAGUCGAGGAAUGAUCACAACAACGCUGCUGCCAGGGAAAAUGCUGCUCGGAACGCCAUGACGCCUACGAAGUCGAUCGUGACUGACGAAGAUCAGGCAGCUCUGCUCGCGGGCCACCCCGUCCGUAAAAUGAUUGACGGCGUCCGCAUUCUCCUGACUCCCAACGGCGACUGCAUUCGCAACCUGACCGAAGAGGAGGAGGAUCGGUUCUUGGAGCUUCAGGCUCGCAUCGCUGAGACCGCCUCCAGCCCUGCCGCGUUUGUUUCCUCUCGCCACGAAGCCGGUGGUGGAUUCAGUCUGAUCAAGGGGCGUGCUGUGCCCAAUGGGCCACCGGGCUACUUCCCGCAGGCUCCUGGGCAAUACCCAACGGAUCCUGUGAACAAGAUCCAGCGGGAGGAGGCGAUCUACUACAUCAAUCAGUAUGUCCUCCCGCGAUUGAACCUCAAUGCUAGAGACAUGAGCUUCCCCAAGGCCAUGUCCAACUGGCACCCGGAUCAACGUGGCGGUAACCCAGCCGCCGCAGGCCUCAGCUCACUCGCUCCCUGGAUGUACGGUGCCGGCUCUCCUGCUUCGCCGCACGAUAACGACGCUGUGGCACCAGAGAUCAGCUAUCCCGCCCCCGUCAGCGCGUUUGCGGAUGCCCAUGGUUCCUACUUGGACAUGCCCCCUUCACCGUCGCCAUCUGCUCUAGACGAUCCCAUGGGUCACAAGGGCGGUGCGGGCCUCAACAUCGGUGGUGCCCCCGGUCCGUUCGGCAACGUGCCGCUGAUGAGUCUUGAAGACGCCGAGUCGGCUCUGUCGGCUGCCCGUAAGGAGGGAGACAAGAUCGAGAAGCACUUCAACCAGACCAUCAGGAAGAACAAGAGACUCCUGAUGGCCGUGGGUAAUCCUGUCUCCGUAGGUGGUGGCGGCGCUAAUGGUGCUGGCGGUGGUGGUGGUGGAGGAGGCGGCGGCGCGCAUUGA